AUGCUGCCGUACCUGUUCCCCGAUCUGUCCACCUUUACUACAGUCGCCGAUCUUAUCACCCACCUUCGCACUAGUGAUGCUCGCCUGCGUGCCGCCCUUCCCACCGAGUUCUGCGCUAAGAACCCCCCUCCACUGUACUGGACACUCCACUUCAUAGUCACCCGUCUCCCUGACACCCUCCGCUCAGUUCGAGACCACUUCCUUGCUCGCUGUCCCACUGAGCUCACAGUCGCCCUCCUAGAGGAGCACCUGCUCGCGGCCGAAAAGAGCAUUGUAGCUGUCGGUGCUGCUCGUGGCGCUCCUCGCACCCCCAUCUUUGAGGGGUGUUCUCCCUCUCCCCUCGCUCCCUCCUACGCUGCUGCUGCUGCUGUUGACUUCCUUGGUGCUGAGUCUGUUGGCGCUGCUUCUACUCCUGGUGGGAGGCGCCGCACCGGCAAGGGCAAGGGGGGCAAAAGUGGUGGUGGUGGCGCUGGUGGGGGAGGAGGUGGGGGGGGGGGGGGGGGGGGGGGGGGGGGAGGCGGUGCUGGAGGGAGCGGUGGCGGGAGCGCUGGUGGGAGUGGGGUCGGUGGUGGAGACGGGGGCGGCGGAGGGAGCAGUGGCAGUAGUGGCGGCGGCGGCGGUGGCGGCGGUGGCGGUGGUGGCGGUGGUGGCGGUGGCGGUCGGAGCGGUGGUAGUGGUGGCGGCGGAGGUCGGAGUGGAGGCACUGGCUCUGGCCAGAGCUCCCAGCAGCAGCAGCGUCCCCAGACGACCCAGCAGCUUCACGUGUGGGAGGUUCCACACCCCGUACCGCUGCUUCUCCCGCCUUGA